UUUGUGCUGCUGGCAGAAUACUAGUGUGCUGGCCUACCUGUUCACACUCACUUCUGUAUCCCUUGUCCCCCUCUUUCUCUAUAGCCUAUUUGCAUGUGAGGCCAGCAACAAAUUAAUUUCCUCAUGAUUUGAGAAGAGAGAGACACCUGAAUCAUGACAAUGAGUUUCUUUGGAAAAUUAAAGAACCUACACAGUGGGCCUCCAACUCCACCCAAAAGGAUAGAGAACAAUGCGGGGUAUGGUGGGUGGCCAGAAGAUGAGUUUGAUGAAGAGGAUGGGGACACAUAUGAGGCGCCCCCCUGUGAGAGACCCGCCAUGAAGGUUCCUUCCAGACAUGUGGAGGAGAAUGUCUAUUUGGAGAGGACGUCAGAGCGGUCCAAUCCUGUUCUCCCCAAAAGGCAGGCAGCUGCACCCCCAAGGCCAGCCAAGAUGGCGCCCAUGGGCAAAGCAUUGAAACAGCAGCCUCACCCUGAGGAGUUCUACAUUGACCCCAACACCAAGAAACCGCCUGAGGUAGAUAGGAAGGAGAAGCCAGGGAAGAGGUCUACUCCUAAGAAGUUUGCCUCUCCCCCACCACCUGCAGAGGAAGAUGUCUACCUGGACCCUAAUGAAGGACAGGAAGACAGCGAUGACCUGUAUCUAGAGCCCACAGCGGCUUGCCCCCCUGCUCCUCGUGGGCCCAUGAGGAUGCCCCUCCCACCCAAGACAGCAGCCGCCCCUCCCCCCAUGCCCAUAAAACCUCCAGUGCCCAGAGCCAAGUCUAGUUCUCUAUUGGUCAAUGAGGCAAAGACGGCUCCUCCCCUUGAUAUCAGGCGCUCCAUGUUCCCUGGCAAACUGCCCCCACCCACCCUGGGCAUCAAACCCCCCCUCCCUGCAUCACUAAAGGAACCCAAACCAAGCCCUCCUCCCCCUCCUAUUGUACACUCUACUGCAGCAGUUUCUCCCCCUGGUAUGAAGACGACCAUGCAGGAGAAAGAGUGGUUCGCUGGAAACUGUGAUAGAAAGACUGCCGAGGACUUCUUACUGCAGAUCAACAAGGACGGGGCAUUCCUGAUACGUCACAGUUCAGCCCAGAAUGCCCGUCAGCCCUACACACUGGCUGUCCUAUACAGACAGAAGGUCUAUAACAUCCCCAUCCGCUUUCUGGAGGAGACGCGUGGCUACGCCCUCGGAAAGGAGGGCAAGAAGAACGAGGAGUUUUUCUGUAGUCUCCAGGAGAUCAUCUCUCACCACAAGAAUAACCAACUGCUGCUGAUCGAUAGCAAGAGUCAGGCCAAGCACACCACACAUCUCACUCACCCAGCUUGUCCAUAAACUACAUUACCCAUACCCCCCCGCCCACCCAGCCUGACUGUAAACUACACUACCCUUAACCCACAAAAUGUAUCUAUACCAGCCUGUCAAUAAAGUACAUUAAAUGCUACCAUUAAUAACUAAAUACAUUUUACAAACGUGGAAAUACUACUUUCAAUAGUCAUAUUCCUCACCCACAACAUGGUCAUUACAACUCCUCUCUUUUUGUUUUGUGAUGAAAAUGGUUGGAAGUGUAUUAAAGUAUAUCUGUGUACUGUAUAUGUUUGAGUGUUUUAAAAUAUGCUGUAGUUUGGCCUGUAUGACCUUAUCAACACUUUUUUUUUGGGGGGGGGGGGGGGGGGGUGAUUUGAAUACGCUUGCACCUGAAUAGAAUCGUGAGUAGACUAUGAAAAUGAAUAUUUAAUACUUAAUUCUUGUUUAUGCAGUUUUGUUUCAGUGAUGUUGGAUUCACUUUUGGGUCUACACCUGUGUUGUGAAUACUGUAUAAGUGUUGGUCAUCUGUAUGUUUCUAUUUAUUAUAAUAAUAAUAUAGACAAAUGUUUUGA